GCUCCGCCCGCCAGAUUGAAGUUCAGUCUGAAGCCGUCCGUCUCUGGGUCGUCCAAAACCAACCAGAACCAUCCAGAACCACGGAUCGUGGUCAUGUUGGACUUCCUGAAGACGGGAGGACUGACGGUCAUCCUGCUGCUCGGUUCUCCUCAGGCCUCAGGUGUCCAGGUUCUGGAGGGGGCGGAUUCUGUUGUGCUGCCAUGCUCCAGUAGGUUCCCUGAUGUGGACAGAGACCUGGUGGUGUGGAGCCGGGAAGACCUGAACCCGUCCACCGUUCACCUGCACAGCCAGCGAGGCGAAGACCUUCAGAACCAGAACCAACGCUACAGAGGCAGAACCUCCAUGGAGGAGGAUGCCCUGCGGACCGGAGACCUGAGCCUGAGCCUGACGAGGCCGACGCUGACUGACAGCAGCAUUUACACCUGCACCAUCAACAGGGUGGGGGGGAACUCAACCAGAACCCAGAUUCCACUGGAGGUCCUGAGAGAAGCAGGAGUUCCUGUCUGGCUCACGGUUCUGCUGGUUCUGCUGACUGUCACUGCUGCUACCAUCGCCGGCCUGCUGCUGCGUCUCAAAAAAUUUCUGAAGAAUGUCCAACAGGUGGAGGUGAAAUCAGGGGCGGAGUCUGUCCUGCUGCCCUGUAUCUCCAUCGACAGCUUCCCUGAGGACUCCCUGGUGGAGUGGACAGACAGCAGGGGCCGGCAGGUCCACGUGUACCAGAGCGGUUCCGACCGGCCCGAGGAGCAGCACUGGGUCUACACAGACCGGACCCAGAUCAGGAAGAGGCUAAAGAAAGGCGUCCUGCUGUGUCUGAUGCUCAGACACCCUAUGGAGCGGGACAGCGGCACCUUCACCUGCACUGUGUUCAGCAGGACAAGUGCGGUGCUGCUGGAGAAGAAGGUGGAGCUCCAGGUCAAAGUCCCUCAGGUGGAGGUGGACUCGGGGGUGGAGUCCGUCCUGCUGCCCUGCAGAGCCCCGAGUCCACUGCCAGUAGAUGCCGUAGUGGAGUGGAGCUACCACCGGGUCUGGACCCGCAAGGUCCACCUGUACCAAAGCGGUUCUGACCGGCCCGAGGAGCAGUGUCCUUCCUACAGAGCCAGAACAGAGAUGAACCAGAACCCGCUCAUAUCCGGAGACCUGAGCCUGACUCUGAGAUAUCCAAUGGACGGAGACAACAGGACCUUCACCUGCAGCGUCCACAGUAGGGAUGGAGACAUCCUGCUGAGGAAACAGGUCCACCUCCAGGUCAAAGACUGUGAGGUAUUGGUGGAUCAGGGAGCGGACUCGGUCAAGUUGCCCUUCAGAACCUCGGGGGUUCCUCCCGGUACCGAGGUGGAGUGGAGCCGCACCGAACCGGAACCGCUGCUGACCGUCCAUCGGGUUGGUUUGGACUGGCCCGAGAACCAGAACCAGCUCUACAGAGACCGGACGGAGACCGGGUCAGAGGUCGGCGACCUAAGCCUGAUCCUGAAGAACCCAACGGAGCGGGACAGCGGGACGUACAUCUGCAGGGUCCAGACCCGGGACAUCAAGAGGACCAAGACCAUCACGCUGAGAGUCAGCGGCAGCAGCCAGGGACCAGCUGUGGACAUCAGUGGGACAUCCAAUGAACACUGUCCUCUGCUGGACCGUCCAACCAACUAAUCGGUCACCAGCGUCCACCAGUGGGACAGGAGGGACAUGAGGACGUUGUCCUCAGCAGGAAGACAGCAGGACGUCCUCAGUUGAACUCCUCCAGCUCUCUGAGAAUCUGAUCCAGUCUCUGAAGGGACAGUGCGGUUGACCUCUGACCUCUGUCUCCAGAGACAUGUUGUCUCCUGACAGCAUCAGUCCCCUGGACAGAGCCCAUCGGAUUGGACAGGACGCAGGACCCUGUACCUCUGCUUUUUAUUUUUGAUGGGUUUUCAGGAUUUUUUUAUUUAUUUUUUUACAUGAAAUAAAAACAAGUAAAAGGAAAAUAGUUUUUUAUUUUUA